UAAUUACGUAAGCAACUCAGCGGCUCUGACUCUCCCUGCUAACGGAUCGUGCUAAAGUUGUGUUGUGCCUUUAACACCAUCAUGGAUUCAACGAGCACCAAAGAAACAGAGAAGCACUGCGUCCUGUGUUGCCAAGAAGUUGAGAUCUUCGCCUUAGGAAAAUGCGACCAUCCGGUUUGCUACCGCUGCUCCACCAAGAUGAGAGUGCUGUGCGACCAGAAGUACUGCGCUGUUUGCCGGGAGGAGCUCGACAAGGUGGUGUUUGUUAAAAAAGUGGACGCCUUCUCGAGUCUGCCCUACCAGCAGUUCACCUGUGAGAAGAAGCAUGAUAUCUAUUUCGGUGAUGAAAGGAUUUAUGCCCAGUACAGGCAUCUGCUGUUGCCAGAGUGCGUCCGCUGCUCGGAGCCUAAAGUUUUCUCAAAGUUUGAGGAGCUGGAGCAGCACAUGAGGAAGCAGCACGAACUCUUCUGUUGCAAGCUCUGUUCAAAGCAUCUCAAGAUCUUUUCUCAUGAGCGCAAGUGGUACAACCGGAAGGAGCUUGCACGUCACAGAGCACAUGGAGACCCGGACGACACGAGCCACAGAGGACACCCACUCUGCAAGUUCUGUGACGACCGCUAUCUUGAUAACGAUGAGCUGCUAAAGCAUUUGCGCAGGGACCACUACUUCUGUCAUUUCUGUGACGCAGAUGGCUCACAGGAAUAUUACAGUGAUUAUCCGUACCUGAGCGAGCACUUCAGGGACAGUCACUAUCUGUGUGAGGAGGGCCGCUGUGCCACGGAACAGUUCACCCACGCCUUCCGCUCUGAGAUCGACUACAAGGCCCACAAGGCCGCAGCACACAGCAAGAACCGAGCGGAGGCGCGGCAGAACCGCCACAUCGACCUGCAGUUUAACUAUGCUCCAAGACAACAGAGGAGAAAUGAUGGUAUGGUGACGGGUGAGGACUAUGAGGAGAUGCGUCAAAAUCGUGGCGGAAGAGGAGCACGGCUUCAGGGAGGACAGAAGAGCUGGAGAUACUCUCGCGAGGAAGAGGACAGGGAGUUGGCAGCUGCUCGGCGGGCCUCCAUGGCCAUGCGUAGACAAGAGGAGAGGGCAGCGAUGCAGGAGAGGAGUGCUCUCAAACACUCCAGAGAGGAGAGAACGGAGAGACCUGAACCAGAGGAGCCCAGACACCGGACCGGACAAAUCAAACCAACAAGCAAACCUCCAGUAAGAACAAUGAAGAGCAAUAAUCCAGAAGAAGAUGACUUUCCAGUGUUGGGAGCCACAGCAGCCGCAUCCAUUGUAAAACCAGCUCCCGCGGUUGUAACAGCAGUCCAAACGGCUUUGAAAGAAGAUGACUUCCCGAGCCUCUCAGCUGUUGCUGUAUCAUCGCCCAUGACCCCGGCGUACUCUGCCCAACCCAGGAAGACUUCCUCGUUCCACGAGGAGGACUUCCCCGCUCUCGUCUCCAAAAUCCGGCCCCUAAAAACCGCAGCCGGCAACAAGUCGGCUUGGUCGGGCCACACUGCUGUAGCUAAACCCACCGCUCAACCGCCUCCUCCCUCCAGAGCUCCCACUCAGGUCCCCUCCGUCUCCUCCGGCCCUCAGCUCCUCUCCUCGUCAACCUCGUCGUCCUCACGCAGGAAAAAAAAAGUAGGGGAGAAUGGGAAAGCGGCGUCCACUCGCUCUCCGCCGUCUUCGGAUGACGAUGGCAAAGGAUUGACGCAGAAGGAGUUCCGCUCGGUGCCCACCAUGUUGGACAUCUCUUCUCUGCUCACGGUUAAAGGAGGCAACAGCAAACCUCCCACGGCGACCUCCAACACUCCCGACCUGACCCCCAGCCACGACCCAUCUGCCUCUAAAGCCAGCAAGAAGAAAAAAACGCCGAAGAACACCGCCGCUCCCUCCGCGUCUGUGUCCUCGGCGUCAGGGACCACACAAACGCCGAGUUCAAUCUCAGUGGAAACGGCAGCACAGAAGGAGAACGUACCUGAGAAAACGUGGAUCAAGCCGUCUGGUACUGUGACAGCACCUCUUACAAGUGGAUUGACUAAUGGUCACCCGGAAAAAUCUACACGAAUAACGAAAGAGGCUGUCGCUGUAAAGUCAAACCCCAACACAGACCCCCCUCUGGAACAGGAGGAAGAGUUCCCUGCUCUCAUCGCCAACAAACCUCCACCAGGCUUCAAGACCUCCUUCCCAGUGAAGUCCUCGGCUCCCGCCCCAUCCUCCGCUGUGCCCCCACCUCCACCAGGCCUGGGGGUCUCAGCCACUAAACCUCCCCCAGGCUUCACUGGGAUCCCCCUCAACAGCAACGUGGUGGAGCCGGCUCCUUCUGCAGUCAACAUACCCCCCAAGAUAUCCAGCAGUGGUUACCUGGUACCAGAGGACUUUCACCAGAGGAACCUGGAGCUGAUCCAGUCCAUCAGGAAGUACCUCCACAACGAUGAGUCAAAGUUCAACGAGUUCAAGAACUUCUCCGCGCAGUUCAGACAGGGUGUGAUAUCAGCAGCCCAGUACCACUGCAGCUGUAGGGAGCUGCUCGGCGACGACUUCAACCGCAUCUUCAACGAGCUGCUGGUUCUCCUGCCGGACACGAGCAAGCAGCAGGAGCUGCUGACCGCCCAUGGAGACUGUAAGGCGCUGGAGAAGCAGUCCGGCGCCGGCGGAGGAAAGAAGAACAAGAACAAGAAGAACGCCUGGAUGAAGCCGACCACAGCGGACAACGCAGCAGCUGAGCUGGACUGCCAGGUGUGUCCCACUUGCAGACAGGUACUGGCCCCCAAAGACUUCAACUCCCACAAGACCCUGCACAACAGGGACAACGAGGAGUUCCCUUCCCUGCAGUCAAUAAGCCGUAUCAUCAGCUAGCCUUUAUUUCUUUUCCAUCUGUGAUCUGUUUGCCAACUAUUGGGCGAAUGUUCUGAUGCCCUGUCAAAGCCGCCAGUGUGGGAAACAGCAGCCCGUGUCCAUGUGUGACCAUUUCCGAGGGGAGUUUCCAGCUUGUAUAUCAUUUUGAUUGGAAUCUAACAUGGUUUGGGGUGUUUCUUUUCUUUCAACGGGGAUACCAUCAAUAGGUUCUCGUGAAUGCUUUCACAGUUUUUAGCGUUGCUCCAUCUCAACCCUCAUUUCCGCUCGCAUCCUUUGAGGCUGUCUCCAGCUGGAACUGGCACUUUGAAUUUAUUUAAUGAAAGAGGAGAGACUGUCGUAUGCUUUAAUAGAAAUCAUUUCUCUCUCUUAAUACAAAAAUGUACGGAAACAUUUUCUACCUUGCUUUGUGUUUUUGUUUUAACAAAAGACACUUGUGUUUUGUUAACAUGAAGGUUGAUGAAGUACUGUAUGUAUGAUUCCCCAGCAGAGCUGCUCGGUUAAACAACAAAAUAAAAAAAAAAUAAAACAAGAAAACUCUGCUCAACGGUUUAGCACGAA